ACGCGCAAUGAGAAGAUCUUAAGUGGACGGAGAGAGUAUUAUUUAUUGUCACAAUUAAAUAAUGAAACAUAAUUUUAGUGGGGAUCAAGACAGCAACAGUACAAAGUGGGGUAAUGGAAGUGCUGGUACAUGCACAGCCCACCAUUGGGGCACGUGUCAUCACAGUCUGAACUCGUUUUGCACGCUGUAUUCCCGCACGGAAAGUUUGGGUUGAACAGCAUAGCAACAAAAAGUGGACGCCCAUAGUGUAUGUAUGUGUAUAUAACCAACUAUAUAUAUAGUGAGAGGACUGCACGCUCCUUCACAAGUCACAAUUCUCCCAAUUAAUAAAUUCACUUCUUUGAUUCCAUUACCAAACAAUUUUCUUCAAUUUGCCCAUUGCCUGAACCCAAGCCAUGCCCUUAAUUAUCAAGUCCAAUACUUGUCACAGAAUACUUCAACCAAAGGGCAUUCUAGUCCAGGAUAAAAUGCACCUUGAAACCUCUAUUGGUGCACCAGUUGUAUUCGGGUGCAGAGAAGUUGAAACUGGAUAUAUUUUGUGUCGGGGUGCGAUCAAUGGCUUACCAAUUGUAUUUGGGUGCGGAGAAGUUGAAACUGGACAUUUUUUGGGCCGGGGUGCGAUCAAUGGCUUACUUGGCCUAGGAAAUGAAAAAUUGGAUGUAACAAAUCUUUUAUCAUCCAAAGGAUUUGUUCGAAAUUCAUUUUCAUUGUGCUUCACAAGCAAAGGGAGUGGCAGGAUUGCAUUUGGAGACAAGGGUGACCCUGACCAGAUGACAACGCCACUCGACACUCUACACCACGAGAGUGUGUUAUACAGCAUACGGAUAGAGCAAAUAUCCAUAGGAAAUGUGGAAUUUGCAGCACUAUUCGAUUCUGCAGGCUCCACUGUCACUCGCUUGAAUGAUGAAAUAUACAGCUUAAUUGCAAAACAUUUUGAUUCUUUGGUGAAAGACAGACGCAGACUAGAUCCUCUGUCACCUUUGGAAUAUUGCUACGAAACUAGGGAUACCUCAUAUUGGGUUCCUCCUUCCUUGAACCUAAAGACAAAGGGAGGGGCGAAUUUCCAUGUUAUCUAGGAUGGAAACGGUCAAGCGGUCAAGCAAGGGAAGAAAACCCCAUUGCCUCAAGUGAAGCAUCUUUGCCAACAAUAGAAGGCAUAUUGUUCU